GGGUGUGGGGAUGAGGAACUGCCUCUGCGAAAGGCAGACAGCAGGACUGGGGGCCGGGGUGGCAGAGCAGGACACAGGGAGCGAGGGAGAGGGGUUGUGAGUGAAGGCAGGCGGCAGACAGGAAGAGCUGUGUGUUCCCGAGUCUUCUUGAGGAACCAGGUCAAGAGAGGAAAGACAACGUCAGAUGGAUGGCCCAGGUGCCUCUGUGGGGUUUGGGGCCUCUGAUACCCACAUAAGGCCUCUCUGAGUUGCUCUGUCGCAGACAUGGUAACUGGUUGGUCUAGAGUUAUUUCUCUUAAUGAAUUGGCAUUUCCUUUUGUUUUCGUUCUGAAAACACUGGAGGAACACAUGAUGUAAGCUUGCCACUCACACAUACUCCUCUAAAGGCAGAAACGCAGGCAGCGCUUCUACAGCCGAGGAGAAAUAAAGCAGUGGAGCACUUGUAAGAUGGGCAAGGAUCAGCAAAAGCCACCCAUAAUGCAACUGCUAAGAAACACAAACUUUUCUUAGACUGUGAAGACAUUAACGUGGGUCUCAAUAUGACUGUGAGAAGUAAAACAGGACACACACAAAAAAUGCAAUGCCAUUUAGAAAUAAAGAGUAAUUGAGGAGGCUCUCUUGUAAAUGGGGAAUUACACAGGCAGCACUCAAAGGGACCCUGGAAUAUCGACAGCUCAGUCAGCUGGAAAACAAAACAGCAUGGUAGAGGACAGAGGAAUCCAUCAGUUCCAGGAAGAAGCUCCCUGUUUUCGAUUCCCUGAGACGCCUCUCCUCCAGUGCUUAGAGCUUCAGCAGACUCUCUUGCCGUAUCAGAAUAACUGCUUUCAUUACCAUUUAGCCAAUGAGCCCUGUACUCCAGAAAUACAUAGAAGAAGGGAAAGGGAGAUAAAAGUUUACUACACGUGUGUGCAAAGAAAAAGAGAGGUGGCUGACUUACAGAAUACGAAGAAAGGUUUGGAGCCUGCACCAAGGAAGGCAAGAGUACAAGAAAUGACUUUCACUGGGAAGAUCCCGAUAGACACCAACCUCCCUGUUUUGUCCCCUUGGGAACUCCUAACGGAGAGUGAGUGUGGCUGGGAUGUGGAAGAAGAGAAAGCAGCAGUGAGGGUGGGGAAGGAGGAGUCGUCGGACUGCCCAGCAGAGCCUCCCGCUCUGGAGGAGAGCCCCAGGGCCAGGACGCCCGAGUGGCUGGUGACCCCCGAGAGUGGCUACAAGUGUAUGGGCUGCUGCCGAGUCUUCCCCAGCCGGACCGUCCUGCAGAGGCACGUGCAGCACGGGGUUGAGGAGGGCUUUAGCUGUCGUGCCUUCCACCUUGCCUUCGCCUGGCUGAAGAGCAAAAGGAGCAUGAAAAAGAGAAGAAAGAAGAAAGCCACCUAUGGCAGCAGAAAGGGGAAAGGUUUUUACGGGAGGAAUUCCUCAUGCAAAUAAACCAGUGUUUUCCAGCCCUACCAAAGAGGAGCUGCCCUGUCACAGCACAGUCCACUGAGGCAGCCCCAUCUCCUCUGAGAACCCAGAGCACCCAUCUUCCCUCAUGCACACCUGACACCUCCAUGACCACUAGUAUCGAAGAACCUUUUCUGAUGGUAUCCACCAUUCUCUUCAUCCCGAGAACCGACUGAGCUGUUGCCACCACAAUAAGAAAACCUGUUUGCUUCAUGAAUAUAUUCUUUUUUUGGUUUUGGUUUCCUGAUAGCAAUAGGCCCAACUGGCCUGCAAUGAACUAUCCAACACAAUGACAUUCUACCCGGAAGUUAUCCAUCCUCAUGAGCGUCAUAGCAUCAAACCAGGCAUAGCAGCGCCCCUGGAGCUGCUCCCAACUGUCCUGGUGAAAAUGUGGAGCCAGCUCUGAAGAAAACAUCCAGAGCCGUGAGAAGCCCCAGGGACACUGGACACGCCUCACCCCGAGGAGACCAUUUCCUAUUAUACUCAAUGGCCCACACACAGUCAAGGGACACUGAAAACACCUUGAUGACUGCCUGUGGAGAAGAGGACAAUAUAGGCUGAGAAAUAUUUUAGCACUGUGGGAAGCAAAGCUUCCAUCCCUGUCAGAGCUAUCAGGAUGUGUGAUGACUUGGCAGAAAUCUAGAGAGAUUUCUCAACAGACUGAGGACCUAGCACAUGCUGGUUCUCUUCCCACUUUGAGGUCUCCUCCAGCUUCUGGUUGUUGUCUUCCAUUUACUAUGUACUUCAAUAUCCAGCUCAUAGUCUCCUGAUCCAGACCGGAUAGUGCACUUCACCCCAUUCAACACAAUCCUUCCCCUCCUCCAAAAGAGAGUAUGUAGGAGUACAUGCUUGAUGCACAAAAGUAAAAUUAGACACAAAAUCUAAAUCAAACACAUUGUAUACAUUGUAAUACCCUUCUGUAGUCUCUUCCACCCUUACUGAGUGUGCAUUGCCAAAAAUUCGUUAUAGUUUUCUGUUUCCUCUUUACAUGAACACAGACCUUUGCCCAUGUCUCCCUCUAACAUCCUUAGCAGUCCAUUAUUUAUGGGAGGACAGACUGAAUUUUAAAGGCAGGAAAUAAGAUUCUAAACAGAUAAAAUCAACUAAAAGACACUCUUUGGCUUCUCUGAGCGUGUGCACUUAUAGGUGAACAAAUGCUUCUUCAAUCAUAAUAGUAAGGAUGGAACAUUUAAUAAAACAUCUGACAAAAUCAAUCAUCCGUAUAUUCAGAUGUCCUCCAAACCAUAAUGUAGUUUGAAGCUUAACACAAUUAGAAGUAUAGAAACUACUAACUUCUGGAAGAUAUCAUUUGCAUGUCAUUCAUAGUUAUUUAAGUUUUUAUACUUUCAAAAUAAAAUUUGAAUUUUAUCACAAUUUGCCAUCUCCCACCAGAGAGACAGAAAAAUAAAGUGAAACGAGUAGACCAAGCUAUAGAGAGUAGUUCAAUUUUCAAAAUGCUGCUCUUUAUACAUUAUAGCUUUUAUCCUCCUAAAAUUACUAGAGCUUAAAAUUGCAUGAUGCCAUUAGGGACACCUGUAUACAUACAUAGCUGGUUAUCUUGAAACAGUGUUGUUCCCGCCUUCCUUGUAGAUGUGUAUUUAUAAGAAGCAUAUGUGAACAUGUGUGUGCACAAACUCCACAGGAGCCGAAAGGUAGGUUGUAGUUGCUUUUGCUUUCAUCUUCCUGAUAUUUCCGCCUUCUUUGGUAAGAACACCACCUCCCCACCAUGACUAACCGGAUGAGGUUCCUAGUCCACUAGCUGGCGUUCAUGAUUGGUCUAAGCAUAAGCAAAUGUCUGUGUUAGAGCAGUCUAAACCGCUGCCAUGGAAAACUGGAACACAAGAGACAGAGGCUCUGGGGGUUCACCUGGAGUUAUCUUUACUCUGCAACUUGAAUAGAGCUCUAUGAGCUUCUGCCACUGCACUUGCUACAACCUCUUUUAUUUUUUUUAAUAAAAUACCUGGCGAUUUUAACAGCUACUUUGAUUUUCUGAGCACCUCAUUAAACCUUCAAUAAAUUUUUUCGUUUUGGUUUUUCAUCAAUGAGCCUGGGUCAUUUGUUGUUGUUUGAUGCUUAAUUUACCUUUGUUCAUGAACAUUAGCUUUAAUUCAGUAUUUUUCCCCAUUUUAAAAAUUGAAAUUUUCCUAGGACUUUAUCUUAAAACACUUAGAUUUGUUUAAUUUGUUUGAACACCUACAUCGAAUGAUUGGAGUUCCAUACAACAGAGCUGGCUUUAAAUCCCUGCACUGUGCCUAGCUUAAGUCCCCUUCCAUAGCAUUGUCCUCUACAUCAGCUCACUCUCUGGAGAAUGGAGGUGAAAGUAUUAAACAUGAUAUUUAAAUACUACAAAGAUGAAAUAUACAUACAUAACAGUAUUCUGAGGGUCACACCACAAGUAAAUGCGCAGGAUACAGUGUCUGGUUUAAGUGGUUA